GUGGGGGGAGAAUAGUCGAGAGAAUGUGAGACAUCUUCUCGCGAUCAGAAUGCGUAGUAAACAGUCCCUUCUGGUGACGUGUUGAAGGGACGUGGCCUUGCCUCCCCUGUAAACAACUGUGUGAUUACGACCCUCACUCCCUCAUCUAAGUCAUAUACAACUUCCACACACUUCACAUGGAGUCCUCCUAUAACUCCAGGUGUCCAGCUGUGAAGAGGCUCUUCCGUGAGGCCAAGGAGCUGCGAGAGGCCACAGAAGAAUACUAUGCACAGCCUCUCGAGGACAACCUCUUUGAGUGGCACUUCACUGUUCGAGGACCAGCUGACUCAGAGUUUGAUGGUGGGGUGUACCAUGGCAGGAUCAUCAUGCCCCCAGACUACCCCAUGAAGCCCCCCAACAUCAUCUUCUUGACACCAAAUGGACGCUUUGAGACCAACAAAAAGAUCUGCCUCAGCAUCUCCGGCCACCAUCCAGAGACGUGGCAGCCAUCCUGGAGCAUCCGCACUGCACUCUUGGCCAUCAUUGGCUUCAUGCCCACCCCAGCCAAUGGCACCAUAGGCUCCCUUGAUUACACGGCUGCUGAGCGGGCAGUGCUGGCUAAGAGGUCCCAGGAGUACCAGUGUCCCCAGUGUGGCUGUGUGUCGGCACAGUUGCGAGAGCGAACCAGUGACAACCGGGAGCUGCAGGCAGAAGCAAGGGAAGUGAUGGGGAAGGUGGCAGUGACGGUUAAGAUGGAGAGCAAGGAUGAAGCAAAUAGCAGCAGCAGCAGCAUCAAAGGUGACACCGUUACCCCACCUCCCUCACCCUCCAGCAAUGACUCAGGCACACCUCCACCCGACCAGUCCACCCCAGACUCCCCAGCUCACCAACACACUGCAGUAGAAGAGUUGUCCAGUGAUGCAGCCAGUCCCAGUAGCUCCAGCCCCACCACUGAGACUGAGGAUGCAUCGCCAGAGAUACUGAUGGAGGGUGUUCCAACACGUACUAUCAGGGCAAACUCUGUUACUUCUAUAGCAGUGUCUGGUCAGGGUUAUCUCUACAACUUUGUCUUGUCCUCUGCGAUCUUCCUCUUCAUUGCGCUAGUCAUACGGAGAAUCUUCCUCCUUGAAGGGGAGACACCGGAGGAGUUUGAUGACAUUCUCCUCUGAUGCCUGUGUGUGGACGCCUGCAGAGUGCUUGUGGUAUGUUUGCUGCUGUGUUGACCUCCCACCUCCACACCACAGCCUCGGCACUGUGUUGUUCUGGCAUCCUCCGUGCAGUCCUAAGCAACACGGCUACUAGGGCAUGCUUAUUCAGGUCUUAAAGUUGUGGUGCCAAAAAAGUAGCACUGUAACUCAUUAUUACUCUUACACUGUGCCCUCUCCAGUUCCAAGGGAUGAUUUAUAGGUUCUCAUCUUCUCUUUAUACUCAUCCACAGUGCAGAGAUAUUCACUUGCACUUAAGGUGGUAAUGAAAGUGUGUGGCCUGUGAUGCUGUGUCUUGUCAGUGAAGGACAGUGUGGUGUGAGUGUCUGUGCUCUCUGUUGUUUCCUCAGUGUGUGGAAGAUUUUUUCUCACUUUCUCUCUCUCCCAGUGAAAAUACUUGGUUCAUUUCUAAUUAUAUAAAUUUACUGUAACCAAAUGAUAUAAACAAUUUUAGAAAAUAGAUUACACACACACACACACACACAUAUAUAUAUAUAUAUAUAUAUAUAUAUAUAUAUAUAUAUAUAUAUAUAUAUAUAUAUAUAUAUAUAUAUAUAUAUAUAUAUAUAUAUAAAAUAAGCUACAGAAAACAAGAUAGAAACUUAAAAAAAAAAUAAAAUCAGAAAAUAAAAUUGUAUUGUGGUUCAUAGCAGCUUUUUUUUUUUUCCAAAAGGGGAUUGAGAUUAAUGCAAGUGUUAUUCUUAUAAUAGUUGUUUUGUUGAUUUGUGAAUGCCAUGGGUGAGUGUUGCUCUGCUGUGUGUGGUGGUCGUGGUGGUGGUUUUGGUGGUGAGGCUCCUGGUGUGUGAAGGAUGAUGGUGGACACUUCAAAACUGUAGUGCUAGUCGGCAACAUAUAGUGGAACUGUUCAUGUUUUGUAUCGUUAUUUAAUAAUGUAGAAGGAUAUUUAUGCUUCUUUUCAGUGGAGCGAUCACAAUAUAACUUUGCUAGGUAUGUAGGGGGUGGGAAUGGGGUAACAUAUUAUUCCUAUCUAGGAUGACCAUGUGGUUAUUUUACACUGACUUAUAUAGACAUGGACACAAGAGGUCAUUAACACACUGAGUAAAGAUACACACACAUGCAUUAGAGUCCUCAAAAGAGAAUGUUCCAUUGCAAUUUAAUUCCAUGCCUGAGAUGUAAAAUAAUGAUCCUUUGUUUCCUUGCAGACAAGUUGCAUUCUCCUGUCUCAAUCUCUAAACCUCAAAGCAAUGAGACAAACCUGUGACUAGGGUGGACAGGCCACAAGUCAGACUGCAGCCCUUCCUUCCCUCUCAACUGGAAACUACUCUUGAUAGGAAGAUGAUACUCAAAGGGACACAUGAGAUAGCACUAAGGAAUGAGCAAAGGUGUGUAUAAUUAGAUGGAGGAUGUUGUCAGAUGAGAGGGGAAGGUCAAACCUAAUGGCUGAAAAGAAUUUUAUGUUGAUGAUUAUUAUAACUGUUGGUGAUCUAUGCCUUGGUAAUGGCUCAGUCUUGGCUGAGGCAAAAGGAAGAUCUAGAUAUUGAGAUGCAAGAUUAUUCAAACACCUUGUGGCAACACUUGUUAAAAUUUAGGUCUCCAUUUGAAGUUUGCAACUCCAGUCUAAUCAAGUUUUGCAACAUGCUACUUGAAGCGUGUGGAAUGGUAGUGUGUCAGUCGUGAUACCUUCACUCUUCUUGGUUGUGAUACUGAAAGCAAAUGGUUGGACUCCAUCGCAGGCUUCAAGUUAAAGACCACAAAAAGAUUUACAAAUUGGAGGUGAACCCCAUACUUAUACUGAAACAUUUUAAUGCUUGUGCUGUAUGAUUUUUUGGAUUUUAUGCAUUCAUCUAGUCACCUUAUUUGUCAUGUCCAGGCCAAGUUGCCCUUUAGGUGCCAUAAUAGCUUCAAAUAGAGUGUAGUGCUGAAUUGGUGUUUAUUUAGGCAAGUCUCCUGCUGCUGACGUCACUCCCUGGUGGCAGGCCAGGUGUGAGAUAGACAGGUUUCUCCUGUCAGUGAGAAGUUUUACUUGUUUUUUCUGUUCCUUUUUCUUAACUGUCACAUAUUUAUUUUGCUUAUGGUACUCGUCUAUUUCACUAGACUUUCAUGCAGUGCACAACUUAAUGUUUUCUUUAGUAGCUAUACCUGAGGCUGUAUAUCUUAGGAAGGGCAUGAUAAGUGGUUUUUUUUUUUUUUUUUUUUUUUUACAUUAGGGAGAACGUUUUCAUUUUUACCAGCAAAAUUUCUUCCAUCAACACUGAGUUUGUUGGCUGAAACACCUUGAAGUGUAAGGGAGUUGUUGUGUUCUAGGUUGCCACUGGGUUGGUGGCGGCAGUCGGGGUGAUGAUUUGUGUGGUGGGAGGCUGGUGGGGAGGCACUGCUGGGAACCACUAUUAAUCCCACAAACCUGUCACUAUUCUUGUCACUGUUCUGUCUUAGGUUGUCUGGCCAUGGAUGUGUUACCUGACAGCCUCAUAGAACAUUCCUCCUUGAAUCAUCACCUCUGUGUAUCUUUGCUCACUGUUUCAUCAUAGUCUUGUUGAAUAAUAAUAAAACAACAAUGCAGU